GAGCGGCUCCGCGAAGCUCCGGGAGCCGGCCGCCGCGGUCCCUCCCCGCCGGCUGUUCGCCCUUCGCCAAGGCUGAGUGUCUUCCUGGCGGACGCGGGUCUCGGGGGCGACGUUCCCCCGCGGAAGGCUGAGGUCACCAUGGACUUCGAAGGGGACCGCAAUGGACGACUCGGGAAGAACAUGUACAAACUGAACAAGAAAAGUAAAAAAGAGAAGGAAAAGAGGCCAACUGUCAGCACAUUUGCAAUGUUUCGCUAUUCAAAUUGGCUUGAUAAAUUGUACAUGGUGCUGGGGACCUUGGCUGCCAUCAUCCAUGGAGCUGCACUGCCCCUCAUGAUGCUGGUAUUUGGAGACAUGACGGACAGCUUUUCAAACGCAGGAAACAUGAUUCCAGCAAACAUCAGUAAUCUUACCAUUAGUAACAUCAGCACUUCUGAGAUCUACGAACGUCUGGAGCAAGAAAUGACCACGUACGCCUACUACUACAGUGGAAUUGGUGCUGGUGUGCUUGUUGCUGCUUACAUUCAGGUUUCGUUUUGGUGCUUGGCAGCUGGAAGACAAAUAUUUAGAAUUAGAAAACAGUUUUUUCAUUCUAUAAUGCGCCAGGAGAUAGGCUGGUUUGACGUGCACGAUGUUGGGGAGCUGAACACCCGGCUCACAGAUGAUGUCUCCAAAAUUAAUGAAGGGAUUGGUGACAAAAUUGGAAUGUUCUUUCAGUCAAUGGCAACAUUUUUCACCGGUUUUAUAGUAGGAUUUACACGUGGUUGGAAGCUAACCCUGGUGAUUUUGGCCAUUAGUCCUGUUCUUGGGCUCUCAGCUGCUCUCUGGGCAAAGAUAAUGUCUUCAUUUACUGAUAAAGAACUGUUAGCGUAUGCAAAAGCAGGAGCUGUGGCUGAAGAGGUCUUAGCAGCAAUUAGAACUGUGAUUGCAUUUGGAGGACAACAGAAGGAACUUGAAAGGUACAAUAAAAAUUUAGAAGAAGCUAAAAGAAUUGGGAUAAAAAAAGCUAUUACAGCCAACAUUUCUGUGGGUGUUGCUUUCCUACUGAUCUAUGCAUCGUAUGCGCUGGCCUUCUGGUAUGGAACCACCUUGGUUAUCUCAAAAGAAUAUUCUAUUGGACAAGUACUCACUGUCUUCUUUUCUGUAUUAGUUGGAGCUUUCAGUAUUGGCCAGGCAUCUCCAAAUGUUGAAGCAUUUGCAAAUGCAAGAGGAGCAGCUUAUGAAAUCUUCAGGAUCAUCGAUAAUAAGCCGAGCAUUGACAGCUACUCGGAGGCCGGGCACAAACCAGAUAAUAUUAAAGGAAAUUUGGAAUUCAGAAAUGUUCAUUUCAGCUACCCUUCUCGAAAAGAAGUUAAGAUCUUGAAGGGGCUCAACCUGAAGGUGCAGAGCGGGCAGACGGUGGCCCUGGUGGGGAACAGUGGCUGUGGGAAGAGCACGACCGUCCAGCUGAUGCAGAGGCUCUACGACCCCACGGAUGGCGUGGUCAGCAUUGAUGGCCAGGACAUCAGGACCAUGAACGUGAGGUAUCUGCGGGAAAUUACUGGUGUGGUGAGUCAGGAACCUGUGUUGUUCGCCACCACGAUUGCUGAGAACAUCCGCUAUGGCCGAGAAGAUGUCACCAUGGAUGAGAUUGAAAAGGCCGUCAAGGAAGCCAACGCCUAUGACUUUAUCAUGAAGCUACCUAAUAAAUUCGACACUCUGGUUGGAGAAAGAGGGGCCCAGCUGAGCGGUGGGCAGAAGCAGAGGAUCGCCAUUGCCCGUGCCCUGGUUCGCAACCCCAAGAUCCUCCUGCUGGACGAGGCCACCUCAGCCUUGGACACAGAAAGUGAAGCUGUGGUUCAGGUGGCUCUAGAUAAGGCUAGAAAAGGCCGCACGACUAUUGUGAUAGCUCACCGCCUGUCUACAGUUCGCAAUGCUGAUGUCAUCGCUGGAUUUGAUGAUGGAGUCAUUGUGGAGAGAGGGAAUCAUGAGGAACUCAUGAAACAGAAAGGCGUUUACUUCAGACUUGUCACAAUGCAGACAGCAGGAAAUGAAAUUGAUUUAGAAAAUGCAGCUAGUGAAUCUAGAGGUGAAAAAAUGGAUUUGGUGGAAAUGUCUUCCAAAGAGUCAGGAUCCAGUCUGAUAAGAAGGAGAUCAAGUCACAAGAGUUUUCAUGGAGCUCAAGGCCAAGAUGGAAAGCUUAGCACGACAGAGGCCCAGGAUGAAAAUGUACCUCCAGUUUCCUUUUGGAGGAUUAUGAAGCUGAAUUUAACUGAAUGGCCUUAUUUUUUGGUGGGUGUAAUUUGUGCCAUUAUAAAUGGAGGCCUACAACCAGCAUUUGCAGUAAUAUUUUCAAAGAUUGUAGGAGUUUUCACAAGAAAUGAUGAUGAUGAAACAAAACGGCGGAAUAGUGACCUGUUUUCCUUGUUGUUCCUCAUCCUUGGAAUUAUUUCCUUUAUUACAUUUUUCCUUCAGGGCUUCACCUUUGGCAAAGCUGGGGAAAUCCUCACCAAGCGCCUGCGCUACAUGGUGUUCAAGUCCAUGCUGAGACAGGAUGUGAGCUGGUUCGAUGACCCUAAAAACACGACUGGAGCGUUGACCACCAGGCUCGCCAAUGACGCUGCUCAGGUCAAAGGGGCGACUGGUUCCAGGCUUGCUGUAAUUGCUCAGAACAUAGCUAAUCUUGGGACAGGAAUUAUUAUAUCCUUAAUAUAUGGUUGGCAGUUAACACUUCUGCUCUUAGCAAUUGUACCCAUCAUCGCGAUAGCUGGAGUUGUUGAAAUGAAAAUGUUGUCUGGGCAGGCACUAAAAGAUAAGAAAGAACUGGAAGGUUCCGGAAAGAUUGCCACAGAAGCAAUAGAGAACUUCCGAACAGUCGUGUCUCUGACUCGCGAGCAGAAGUUUGAAAAUAUGUAUGCGCAGAGUUUGCAGGUGCCGUACAGAAACUCCUUGAAGAAAGCACACAUCUUUGGAAUCACAUUUUCCUUCACCCAAGCAAUGAUGUAUUUUUCCUAUGCUGGCUGUUUCCGAUUUGGUGCCUUCCUGGUGGCACGGGAAUUGAUGAGCUUUGAAAAUGUUCUGUUGGUCUUUUCAGCAGUCGUCUUUGGUGCCAUGGCAGUUGGGCAGGUCAGCUCGUUUGCCCCUGACUAUGCCAAAGCCAAGAUCUCGGCUUCCCACAUCAUCAUGAUCCUUGAGAAACUCCCCAAGAUUGACAGCUACAGCACGGAGGGCCUCAAGCCAGGUACGUUGGAAGGUAAUAUGACCUUUAAGGAUGUUGUGUUCAACUAUCCCACCCGACCCGACAUCCCAGUGCUGCAGGGGCUGAACCUGCAGGUGAAGAAGGGCCAGACGCUGGCCCUGGUGGGCCCCAGUGGCUGCGGCAAGAGCACCGUGGUGCAGCUCAUUGAGCGGUUCUACGACCCCUUGGCCGGAACAGUGCUAUUGGAUGGCAAAGAAAUAAAUCAACUGAAUGUGCAGUGGCUACGAGCCCACCUGGGAAUUGUGUCCCAGGAGCCCAUCCUGUUUGACUGCAGCAUCGCCGAGAACAUCGCCUACGGAGACAAUAGCCGGGUCGUGUCCCAGGACGAGAUCGUGAAGGCAGCCAAGGAAGCCAACAUCCACGCCUUCAUCGACUCCCUGCCUGACAAAUACAACACCAGGGUGGGAGACAAGGGAACCCAGCUCUCCGGCGGCCAGAAGCAGCGGAUUGCCAUCGCCCGUGCCCUCGUGCGGCAGCCACACGUCCUGCUUCUGGACGAAGCCACGUCAGCUCUGGAUACAGAAAGUGAGAAGGUGGUCCAAGAAGCCCUGGACAAGGCCCGGGAGGGCCGCACCUGCGUCGUGAUCGCGCACCGCCUGUCCACCAUCCAGAACGCAGACAUGAUAGUGGUGUUCCAAAAUGGCAGAGUCAAGGAGUGCGGCACUCACCACCAGCUGCUGGCACAGAAAGGCAUCUACUUCUCCAUGGUCAGUGUCCAGGCUGGAGCAAAGCGCCAGUGAACUGCGGCCACGGGAGAUGGGAGAUACUUGUUUAUAUUUGUGUUAAAUAUGGCAUCUAACGGAAGUUAAAGAGUCCUCACCUACUGGAUUACAUAGAGUUAGCUGCUUAUCAUUUCUUACCAUGAGCAAAGUAAGCCCGUCAGAGUCCUCAGAGACGUCAUCGUCAAAGGAACAGGAGGAGAGACAUUGUCAGGUGGGGCAGGGUGGCUUAAUUGCACUGUAAAAUUUAUAAAAAUUCAAAGUAGAUUUUUUUCAAUAAAGUAUGUAAUUUUGUUUAUAUUUUCUCAUUUGGACUGUAACUGUUGCUCAAAGAUAAGAAAGUAUUAAAAAGUAUCAAACUGUUUGCAUAAAGUGCCUGUAAUAAAACUAAAUUUUCUGUUA